AUGAAGGAAAUCGAGGUCCGGCCACGCGACUCACUCAGAGUACCCAUGGAAGAACGGGUGCUGCACUAUGUCGGUUGGGAUUUUACGCGCGUCUGUCGAUGCAGUAACCCCAAAAACCACUGGGAACGGACAAUGGCAGUGGCAAAGAAGUCGAAACAUCUGAACGCAAGUCUGAUUCUGUACAUGAACCGCCAUCACCUGAACACAUGCUCGAUUGGAGAUUUCGUACGGUGGCGCCGACUGCGCGAAGACCAGUGGAAAGAACAAGGCGUCGAGGUAGACGAUUUCCAUUAUGCGAAUGCGGACAAGAGCCUUGUGUGUCGCUGUAAGCGGCCGCAUGGGCACAGCCACGGCACACCCCAGCAUCCGGAGAUUACAGAGCGGUGUGCAGAGUUCUUUUGCUCGAACAGAGAUAUGGAAGAGGUGACGAGAACAGAGUGGAGGAGUGGUGAGGAUGAUAUUCCACCUCCGUAUGCAUCCGAAGCGCAUCCCCAGUCUGAGCGGUCGCCUCAGCCGCGGCCGCGUACGGCGCAGAAAAAUACAGGACUGAUUCAGAGGGGGGGUGGUACUCAAACAUGUGCCCAGCCGUCAGCUCCUCGCUUUCCGAUGGAACAGAAACGCCCUGCAGUGCAGCAGGAUCCAGAGAUGCCACGGCAGGUCUGGCAGAACGCGCGCGCCUCGACGUGGCGGAGUGGCAACGGAUUGUCUUCCGAUAUAAGCACACCACUGGGUGCGACAUUCUCUUCACCCACAGAAACAUGGGAUGCGAGAGGAACUCCCUCGACGGAGCAGUGCACCUCUUCGUCGAAUGCGUCUAUUCUCUCCACAACGUCGACUUGCUGGUCCGAGAUACAGCGCAAUGCAGGCAUUCCGAUUGCGAAGCGAAAACAAGAUAUACCAAAACCAAGGAUUGCUCGCGUCGACACGGUUGUUGACGCGCGCUCGGCGCAAAAGGAAAUGCAAGAAGCAGUUGGGAAGGAAGACGAGAAGCUGCCAUCGAGCAACUACGAUUGGUAUAAUCCUUACGCUCAGAUUCCAUACGGUUUCGAUGAGCAUGACGGACUAUUCAGUGCACCCAAAGCAGAGCUGCCCAUGACCCAUCGCAUUACGGAGCUGACUGGAGACGUACCGCGGCAGCAACAUACACCAACGCUGAAGAACCUGGAGGGUCGCCAGUGGGACACUGCGUCGGAGCUGGAUGCAAAGGCCAAGCGUAGGUCGAGUAGCACCGACAACUCUCCUGCACUGAGCUUACUUGUAGAACAGAUGCUCCAAUAUGCCGAGUCUACGAUCCAUGACCAAGACGAGUAUAUUCGUCGCCUCAUUCUUAGGGCCCAAGAGUCGCCUGCACUGGAAAGCGAUUGUCAGCAGUGCAGACAACCCCGUCGACCCCAUGAGGAGGAGUACAUGCUGACAUUUCCUGGCUGCGGCCAUUCGCUUCACAAGGCCUGUCUUCUCCAGAGCUUCCGCCAAGCAGAUCAGGAGUUUGCCAAGUGUCCAGUGUGCCGCCUGACGCUGUGCCGGAGAACGCUAUGGAACCGCGUCGAUGAUGACCGCGAAGCCAUCUUUGGCUCGCAAGUCAACCCGAUACAACCAGCAUUGUCUGUUCAGUUCCCACACCGGACCGACACGAUCGAAUGCAAGUCGGAAGAAGUGGCGGCAGCGGCGCAGCUCCGUAUCAUCAAGGACUAUGUUGCCGUGCACACGGACGAAAUUAUGCGUCUUUGGGAGGCAAAUCGUGCCCAGCCUGAUUGGUUUGCAGGCGUGGUCCAGCCCGUCGUCAGCUUGUUCGUGGGAUGGAGGCCGUCGGCUCGGAGUCAUCUCUUUGUAUGUAACGAGGUGUUUCUCAGACUCAUUGCCUGGGCGGAUUUGGUGCGCGUAAUCAACUUGUGCCGGGUCAAGGUGAGACAGACUCAGGGAGAGGGCGCAAUGUUUCCUUGGCUCGGAGAGCUGCACCACAAGUUCGACAUGGCCAAGGCACGCUAUGAAAAAGAGAAGAAGACCUGGGGCAUCGAUGCUUCCCAAUUUGCAGCCUGUGAGAAGAUAGUGUUGCAUGUGGUGACGCUUGCGAUAGAUAGCUGCAUGAAGCAAUGA